GUACCAUGAGUACGGGUAGCUGUAUGAAAAGCGCGCCAAGUCUCCCCUCACCUCCGGAGCUCCGUCACUUCGUCCCCUCCGCUACAAGUACACGCAACACUGCCAACAGACGCUCAGAGUCAGAUCGAGUCUGCACGGUAAUGCGUCCGCAAGGAGGAUAGGACUAAAGAAUUAAUUUCAAUGCUCCAUAUGUCCGAUGUCUCUCGUCCGAGUACGCAUUCAUCCAGUGCAGAUUGUGGCCUUGCUUCACAUCUUCGAAUGAGCAGAUCUACUGAUUGAGAGGCGAGACAGGAACUUGGACUAGCAGUAGGUGAUUCUCUGCCUCUUUACCACGCCGUCUACUGCUGCUGCUGUUCAGUGUCUGGCCUCAUAUUCUGACUGGUAGGUAUUUUCUGUUUGAAUCGACCAGGACGACACGACGAUGCAGUGGUGUGGCCCGUUGCUAUCGCUGGCUGUAGUGCUGCUAGCAUGCUCCCAGUGUCCGUAUGCGGUGCUUGGUUACUCCUGCAUAGAUGAAGGUGAAAUACUCUACGUGCCUAUACCCAAACAUAACGAAACCUACCCGAACGCCAUUAUGUGCAAAGACUUGACACCGGACAGGAACAACUGCAUCCCUCUCGUCUGGACGACCCCAGCGUGUCAGGGUGGGUACUAUCGGUCCCUAACAAACAACGUAGUCUUGCCAUGUCCAGCAGGUUUCUACUGCCCCAUAAAUACUAUCUGUCUUGUUCCAUGCCCACUCGGGGCAUAUUGUGUAACUGCCAAGAAGAAUAUCGACGUAACCAGAAAUCCACCAGUGACCUGUGAUCCAGACUACGGCACACAGCAACUGCCUGACAUGAGCAACCGCACUGAUCCACGCAGCAUUACCUGUGGUGGACCGGCUGGACUGGAUCAGCACGUUAUCUGCAAGGAAGGCUACUAUUGUCCGAACAUCAGCAUGAAAAUCCCAUGCCCGGAAGGUUCGUAUUGUAGAUCUGGCCGAAUAUCACCACAGCCUUGCCCAAUACUGUCACGAUGCAAACGUGGUUCAUCUGCGCCCAUUGAAAACAGUCUCGGCCUGAGUCUCAUCUUCGACCUGGUCCUCAUCUUUCUAGUGAUACUCUUCGUUCUUGCACUGCGUUACAAAGAAAAACUGAAGGCCGCAUUUGGCACUUAUGUUGCGCCAAGGCUACCUGGCAGGGCAUGCAGCUAUGAGGUAUUUACGUCUGAGCAGGAAGGCAAUGCUGAAGAAAUGGAGUCCAUCAACCCCAGCACAGUUGCUCGUGGGGAUCCAGAGCAACGGUACGGUGCCACUCCCGCAGGUACCGAAGCUACCAGAGCAGUGAACCCAAAAGAUUACACAAUGGAGAUUGAAUUCCACAAUCUCAGUUUAACGUUGAAGAGCAACAAGGUCAAGGUGCUGCAAGGUGCUACUGGCAAGCUUCGACCCAAGACACUGACAGCAAUCAUGGGUGGAAGCGGAGCAGGAAAGACAACGCUGCUAAAUACAUUGAGUGGCAAGGCAUACUACGGCGCGGUGGAGGGAGAUAUCAUGGUCAACGGCAAGCCAGAAAACAUCACAACCCACCGCAGCAUCACAGGCUUUGUUCCACAAGAAGACAUCAUGCACCGAGAGCUAACCACCAGGGAGGUACUGUACUACCAAGGAAUUCUCAGACUGUCUGGUUGUGCAACAUUCCCAGAGAUUAAUCGUAAAGUGGAUGAGGUACUGGAGCUGCUUGGCCUGAUGCAUAUCAAGGAUUCUCAGAUCGGUGACGAAGAGAAGCGAGGCAUUUCCGGCGGCCAGCGUAAGAGAGUGAACAUUGGAAUGGAGCUGGUAGCUGAUCCAACGCUACUGUUCUUGGAUGAACCUACCAGUGGCUUGGACAGUGUCUCAAGUAUGCAGGUGUGUGAGGCGCUGCGGCGCGUUGCUGAAGAGGGCCACUUGACAGUGGUGGCCGUACUACAUCAGCCCAGGUUCGAGAUCUUCCAGAUGUUUCACGAAGUCAUACUGCUGCAGCCCGGUGGUCAAAUUGCGUUCCAAGGUUCCACGCAGCAAGCAGAGGCAUAUUUCUCAGAGCUUGGCUACCCAGUGAAGACAAACGUUAAUCCCAGUGAUCACUAUCUGGAUGUCAUCAACGAUCAUAACAAGAAAGCCAAGUCCGCCAAGAAGCACGCCACAUCCUCCACAGCUACUAAUGAUUCAGCGGAUGGCAAUACAGCCAUGGCACUGACCAGCCUUGGAGAUUUGUGGACAAUGAGACAAUCCAGCAUGACUACUGAUGGUGGUGCAUCAUCGGCACCACCAGAGCGGCAAGCCAGCACACAGCAGUUCACACCAAGGAAAGCACCUGCAUUCUGGAUACAGUUGCUGUUCUUCAUUCGCCGGGCAUUUGUUCUGCAGAUUCGUCAACUCAGUGUGUUGAUACUUGAUCAGCUGCUGGUGCUGAUUGCGGGCGCCGUCCUCGGUGCGCUGUACCGCGAGAUCCUGCUACGCAAGCUGACACUGCUGCUGUGUAUGACCAGCAUGGCAGUAGCUUUGACAAGUAUGCUGGCUGCACUCCGAUGCUUUGGCAGCUGCAAACCCGUCUUCUGGCGAGAGAGUGCGGCAGGAAUCAAUCGUCCAGCAUACUUCCUUGCUACCAACAUCUCGCAGAUUCCGAUCAUCGUCUUCACACCGCUUGUCUUCCUCAGCCUGUUCUAUGCGUUAGUGUCACCACGCGCCCUGUUUCGUGAUUACUACACAGCUAUUCUCAUGCUGGUCUGGGCCAGCCAUGGACUUGGCUAUCUCAUCUCAACAAUAUUCAACAGUCGUAGUUCACAGAUGGCCACAGUGGUUCUGGUACUUGUGUCGGCCAUGAUGUCCGGUGCUCAGCCAUCGUUAUGCAAGAUGAAGAAACAGGCCCUCGGCCCUGUCCUCUACUCGUUGUCAUUUGCACGCUGGUUUGUAGAAGCAUUGUUUGAAAAGGAGGCAAACCGCUAUCCGCCUGUGCACAUCCAGGAAGUUGCCCUUUACUCAAGCUACCAAGGCUACCCACUUGACCAUUUCGCACUGUGCAUCGGUAUUCUGUUUGUGUUUGGCCUGGUGUCUCGAAUCAUUGCUCUCAUCUGCCUCAUGUUCACACACCGCGGCCAGCAGAAGUAGACCAGUCACGGUCAGGCACUGAACACUGAAACAGUUCAGGCACGGCGGCAACAAAGACGGUCUGGUGAAAUAUGCGCCGCCUAGGUUCCACCUGUACAGUCAACUUUAUGUAUAACGACACUCGGCGGGGCAUCAGAAAAGCGUCCUUAUUCGCAAAGUGUCCUUCUACCCGAAGUCUCAUUACAUGUAUAUGUAUUACAGUUAGAUGGGACUUUGCUCUGGGCAUGGAAAUUCUGUCGUUAUUCGCGAAUUGUCGUUAUAUGUUCGCAGUCGUUAUUAGCGAAGUUGACUGUACAUGUAUCCUUAUCGCUGAUUCUGUUCUUCCUUUCACAGUCAAGUGUAUGUUUGCUUUAACGGGGCCUGCUCUGUGUUUUCCAUAAGCAUACGCGAGGUACUCAGUUGCUUGCGCAAAGGUUCCUGCACCAGUUCACCCUUCUUCUUUCGUUCUUUUGACCAGACUUUGCUGGGUUGAGCAGAUCCAGUCUGUUUCACACCCAAGAACACUGCACACUGCACAACAUAGUGCUAUGUGACACCGUUGACACUGGCUUUGCAUAUCUAACACGUGAACCGGCAUGCAACAAUUCACACAGUGCACUCCCCUCUCACAUACUGUGACAUAGAGAACAUUAAUUUUAUUGCCGCUAUUUUGCUGUAAUACUUUUAGAUUUAUUCUCCCGCUGAGCUGACUUUGCACCUAGUACAUGCACGGUCGCACACAAAAUCAAUGUGGGAUAAUAAUAAUAAUAAUUAUUGAUGAUUUUCUUUCGCAAGUGUUGCGCAUAAAAGUUCAA